AAGCAAAUAAUAGAAAAGGAGGGAACCGCCAGACAACAUGGCGAUACGCUAGAGAAAAGAGGUAUUUCUGUGGACGAUUUAUUGAAUCCAUCGAGGGGAAACCAUUCCAAGAAAAUUAAGUACUUCAGUCGUGUGAGUUUCGGUCUUGGUCGUUCUUACGUAGUCAAGGCAAUUUUGUAAUAUUUUGAGAUGUAAUUUUAUAGUUAUGUGUUUGUUCUUGCUUCCUCUUAAGAUCAACGCAAGUAGCAGGGAAAAGCUCAUCGAAAGUGGACCGAAAAACGCAAAAUUAAUAACAUUUUCCGAUGUAGUAUACGAACGCCCAGGAGGAGUAUGGGAUGCGCUUUUAGCUAAGUGGAUCAAAAAAAAUCGUGGCGAUACCGAUGAGUCUUCCACUAGCAGUUCUAAUCUGAGCGAUCAGAUUUCAAAGUUAAGACCUCUGUCGCAGGAGGAUGUCAUCCAAGAGCGUGUGGCACGAGGUCUUAUUUCCUCCAUCGAAGAGCAACACAAACUAUACUUCUAUGAUAGUAAGUUUCCACUGUUUGGCUUCAUGAGAGAAGUUGCUACAAAUGAGAAGAAACAUCCCAAGUUGUAUCUUUGGCAAGGAGAAGCUGAUGCCAUUGCUUACAGUUGGGUACUCCAUAAAUAUGUACUAGUGGAGUUUAAAGUAGUCGACAAUUUGUCGGAUUAUUGGAAACGAAAAACCCUUUUAUACGGGAAGCAUUUGCAUCAAUGCUUGGUUUAUGCGAAGCUUUUACAGCUGCACAUGAAGCUUCCUUACUUACCGGCCAGCCUGGUAGUAGUCAUCCAUAAAGUCACCGGGAAAGAGGGAUACUUCGCGCUGUUUGAAGACUACCCUCAAGAGUGCAAAGAUAAGCUUGAUGAUUACGAGUGGUUCACUAAGCAGCCCUCGAAACAUCCUCUCAAGAUAGCGAACACUGACAAGCUGUUGCAUGAAAAGUUUCGAUAUGUGAGAGAUGUGCAUGUUCCUGAUCCACAAACAAAGCUGUCAGAUAUUUUUGGAGAGGACGCCACAGUGAAGGAUCUCCUGGAUUCCCUUGGCUACGAUUCCCUUGAAAUCUUCCGAGAGGAACAACAAUAA